UAAUUUAAACAUAAGCUACUGCAUUUUGAAAUUUUUAGUUUAAAAUAUUUACAGCACACCCUAGCUUUUUCUGGGAUUGAAGGCUGUUGAUUAUCUGAGUUUUCUUCCUUGACAUCCACUAAGAGAUGGCUCUUCCACAAUUGCAGCAAGUUGAUCAGUUGAAGACUUUUCUAACAACAUACAAUAAACUUGCAGAGACAUGUUUUCUUGAUUGCAUACAUGAUUUUACUUCCAGAACAACAAGUUCAGCUGAGAACACAUGUGCUAUCAACUGUACAGAAAAAUUUUUAAAGAUGGCUCAAAGAAUUGGUAUUCGUUUUCAAGAAGUGCAGGAACUAAACAUAUCUGGUGGAGCAAAAUAAAAGAUAUCAAUACAUAAUAUUAUAAGAAA